CAAUUCUCACGGACAGCCUUGCAUUUGAUUGAAGCUCUUGAAGGGAUCUUUGAAACAACAAUUCACCGAUUCUAGCUUUAGCUAUAUUCGGCGCAACCUAGCAGUCCUCUUACUUAGUAUAACAGUGCAUAAUAUAUGUGACGAGGCACAAUGGCUACAGACACAGCGGUUUCUCAAAGGGAUCCCACCCCUACAGCUCCUCGGCUGCCGUCAACUAUCCCUCAGAAGCGGACCCUGGAAGACGUCCACAGCCCUGCUGUCUCUUCUCCUCUCAAUCCUGAUGUCAAACCACCUGCAAAGGUUCAAAUACAGGCCCCCGAGGACACCCAAACCAUGGCCCGCGAGAAACGAACCAAGAAAGAGUCCCUUAAGAAGCGCGAAUCCAAAGGUGCUGCGACCGGCCCUGACAGCUCUAGGGCGACCCCCGAUCCUAAUGAGAGGGAACCGCUUCCAGCCGAGGUCUCGCCGAUGAGAUACAAGCUUGCGCCGCCAAAACCGUCAGAUUUUGAUCCGCCUCGAGGUCCCGUAUUUGCGACCCACCACGUUGUACCAGGCCCUGAUGGCCGCGAUAUUGAGUUCUUCGAGACUUCAGAACAUGUGUACAACAAGAAGAACUUCCACUAUACCGACUGCAUAGCAGAUCCAGCAUUCCCGUCAUCCUUCUACUACCGGCAGACAGAACCAGAGCCCUACGGCCCACAUCUGAGCUUCGAGGAUGCCGCGACGCACAUGUUCUUCGACAGCUCGGGGAAACAUAUUACAACGGACAAGGGUUUUCGGAUGGCGCGGGCCAAUGUUGCAGUGCGAGAGGGCCGAUGGUAUUGGGAGUGCAAGGUGACUCGAGGCACCCUGAAGAAUAAGGGCCCCGAUGAUCCGGACUCCCACGGCCAUGUCCGCGUGGGCUGGGCGCGCAGAGAGGCUUCACUAGAUGCCCCUGUCGGCUUUGACGCCUAUAGUUACGGUAUUCGGGAUGUGGCAGGCCAAAAAGUGCACAUGUCGCGACCCAAGGAUUUCUUCCCGCCCGGGGAGGACCUGAGGCAAGGCGAUGUGAUCGGCCUGGAAAUCCAGUUACCUUCGGAGCAUCUACAUCGGAAGGUAGUACAGGGCGAGUACAACCCGGCAGUCGACCUGGUAGACGAAGACCUCCCCCCCGGCGCAGAAGCACCGAAUAUCGUGCGCGACCGCAUCCCUAUCCGCUUCAAGGCCAACAUCUAUUUCGAGAAGAUCGACUACCACACGACCAAGGAGCUCGACGACUUGAUGAAUCCAUCUCCUGUCGGCCCAUCCGCCCCGGCAGGGUCUUCGCACGGGCCCAACCCCAACCACCGGUUCCCCUCGCUGCGGACGCUGCCGCAUUCGCACAUCAAGAUAUACAAGAACGGCGUCCUGAUGGGCACCCCGUGGACAGACCUGUUCGCCUUCCUGCCGCCCGCGUCGAAGCCACUGGCUCAGCCGGGCGCCAGGGAAUGCCUCGACGACGGGAUGCUUGGCUACUAUCCGGCGGUCAGCGUCUUCCGUGGAGGGGCCGCAGAGGUCAACUUCGGGCCCAAGUUCUGGUAUCCGCCGCCGGGAUCGGAAGGCAACCAGGAAGACGUGGAGAUGAGGGAUGCCGAUGCCGAUGCCGAUGCCCAGGGACAAGCAAAUAGCCUGAGCGCCGGAUCAGACUCGGCUCCGCUACGUCCUUUGAGCGACCGGUACGACGAGCAGAUCGUCGAGGACAUCGUCUAUGACGUCAUUGACGAGGUCGCGUUCUGGAUGCAGGACGGCGGGAGGGUUAUCGACCGCACCGGGAAGGACGAGAAGGUCGGGGAGACGGCCGGAAUGGCGCCGGGACGGGAGGAGAUUAAAGAACUUGUCCAGGACGACUAGAAUCCGCGCCUUCUUGACUCUAAGAAAAACCCGGCGCAACAAACCCGUGGUGUCUCGAGAUUGGUCGUGGGCUCGUUGACUGCUUUUGAGCGGGCGUGUAGCCAUGGGCGACUUGGAUAUCAUGACCCACGGCUGUAACUGCAUGUAAGAUAUGUACCACUCGCGAAACGGUUUCAAGGGUAGGGAAAUGAGCCGGCGUUUGUAGAGCAUGAUUGCGUUGAGAAAAAAGC